CAUGGAUACUCAAGCUAAACUUGCAGUUGUGGUGAAAGUGAUGGGCCGAACUGGAUCUAGAGGUCAGGUAACCCAGGUCAGGGUUAAAUUUUUGGAUGACCAAAACCGGCUGAUCAUGAGGAACGUGAAAGGCCCUGUGAGGGAAGGUGACAUCCUCACCCUUCUUGAGUCUGAAAGGGAGGCUAGGAGAUUACGGUGAUGACUUUCAUGUCAAUGUUGCCUACAUUAGUAGGGUAACUCUAUUAAGCUACAGAUUUGUCCUUCUCUGCCAUGGUCUUUCUGGUUCUAUGGCAUUAGUUUCUAUUACUUAGUCGCUUUAUUAUGAGCUGUAUCGAGCCAAGAAACUGUUUUUUCCUCUAAUGAGUCAUUUAACUCUCAAUGUUUGAACAUUUUUUAUGCUCAUGUCAUCUCUCUCUC